UUUACAGUUUUAGGUGUGCCUAAGUAACAUACCUAUUACUUAAAUAAAAUUCAGUGAUUUUUCCCGAUAAACUCAAUGGAGAACUUAGACGGCAACGCUUGGGUUUUCGACUCACUAGUGGGUUUUCUCCACGGACCAGUCUGGAAUGUACCUUUACAAACUUUCAUCGAGGAAAAGUCACUUCCUUUUGAACCCACGGAAAAUGGAGAAGUGCCUGAUAGACCAGAGUACAAAAAGAUCCAUGACGAAUAUCGUAACUUGGUGGACGUGAUGCUGGGGUCCUUCAUGGACGACAUCGGGAUAUCAGCUGAUCAGUUCGAAGCAGCAUGUCGUCUUUCAGCGCGGGACUUGGCAGGUCUGCCGGCGCACUUUCACCAGCGACUCUUCGAGCAGAUCUGGGCGGCGAAUGAUUACGAAAUGUUCGUCAAGAUGAUGACACAUAAGAACGUAGAGCUGCAGUUACAGGCUUUAGAGCUGAUUGAAAGACGCUUCGGAACUUUGCCGUUAUUUUCAUCAGACGCAGAAGAUUUGGACUCAUCGCGAAGUGAUGAGAGCGAAGGAUGGCCUGAUAAUGAUGAUGUUAUGACUGAAAUUAAGAAGCUACAGCUAGAAGAUUUACAAGGUGGAGAUGAUAUUGUGAACGUGCCUCCAGAGGAAGUCGUGGCAGAAAAGCAAACGUUGCUUUCUAAACUCCACAGUUUCGACAAAAAAGAAGAAAAGACCAAGAAGACUGACGACACAAAAGAAAAAUCACCUGAACCCGCUAAAUUACCGACACCACCUCCGAAGAAAAUAGAGGUAAGCGAUGAAGAUAUGCGAGCUCGACAAGAAUAUCUGAAACAACAGAGAGAUAAAUUGCUGGCUCUAAAGAAGCAGGUGCGUGAGCGAAGGCUUGGCGCUGCUGAAAGCAAUGAGUCUGAAGACGGUGAAGGCUCCAAACACAGCAUUCGGCCCCGCUCAGCUCGCGUCGCCCAAGCUGCUUUGAAAGGCUCUGCACCGCCUCCGCCCCCUGACGCCAUGCAACUCCGCAAAGCACUGGCCUCUAAACUGAAGACUGAGGUCGUUGACACACAACUAUGAAUUGAUCUUGAAAGGUCUUGUCAAUAUUUUAACUAUAUUUUCUGCUAUGUUUUACUUCUUGGUGUUUUAAGUGGCCUUCCUUGCUAAGGCACAAGCGCCACUAAAUACUUCUCUGAUAUUACUUAUUUCAAGUUGGUAUUUUUCUAUGGGUGCCAUCCGCUCAGCCUCGUGAUGGGAUACAAUUGCACUAUACCUCGUACGUGCAUAUGGCUAUCAUGAACUAAAACAAAAAUAAAUACAUACAAAUUUCAUGAUAGCCAUACUGGGAUGAAGACUGGUCCCAGAGUUAAUAAUAGGGCUAAACAGUGCAAUGUGUUUUAAUAAUAUUUACUUCUUAUUAUACCGCGCCGAUAAUUUUGUGUCUUUUAAUGAGUAGCACCUUUUUAUCUUUGU